AUGGACGCAGCCCCCUUGGCCCCCUCCCCCCCGCACGCCCCCUUCAGCCCCUGGGCCCACGUUGCCGGGGCGGGCCUGCUGUGCCUGGCCAGCCUGGCGGGCGUGGCACUGCCCCCAGCGCUACGCCGUGGCCGCCUGGCGCGCAGCGCGGCCCUGGCCACGGCCGUGCGCCUGGGCACCUGCUUCGGCUUCGGCACCAUCCUGGCCACGGCUGUGGUGCACAUGCUGCCCUCCGCCGUGCACUGCCUGACGCUGGGCACGGGCCAGGCCCCGCCCGCGCUGGCCUACUGGCUCAUCCUCGCCGCCCUGCUGGGCAUGCACUUUCUGGACUGGGCGGUGGCCCUGGCCGCCCAGGGGCUGUCCCGCCGGCCUGGCACGCGCGCGACGGCCGCCGCCGCGCUCGCGCUGCACCACCACCACGGCGACAGCGGGCCGGCGGCGGGGGCCGCCGGCGACGACGAGGACGGCGAGGAUGCACUCUGCUGCUGCGCGGACCCCGCGUGCGGCAGGGCGUGCGUGGGCGCGGCGGCCGGGCCCGAGGGCGGCGCAGCGGCAUCCGCGGCGCCGCUGCUGCGCAGACCCGCAGCGGCGCAGCGGCAACGCCCCGUCUCGGGGAGCGCGGCGGGCGACCUGGUCGGCCUCGUGCUCCUGGAGCUGGGGGUCAGUGUGCACAGCACGCUGGUGGGCGUGGGGCUGGGCGUGGCGCGGGCCGCCGCCUUCCACACCCUCCUCGCCGCCCUUUGCGUGCACCAGUUCUUCGAGGGCAUUGCGCUGGGCGGCGCCACGGCGGACGUGGACACGGGUUACUGGCUGGCGGUGGCGUUGGGUGGCGUCUUCUCCCUCUCCACCCCGCUGGGUGUGCUGCUGGGUGUGGGCCUGCGCGAGGCGGCGGCCAGCGGCGGCCGCCGCGGCGCGUCGACGCUGGAGGGGUCGCUGGAGGCCCUGGCCACGGGCAUCCUGCUGUACGUGGGCCUGGUGCAGCUGCUGACGCCGCACAUGACGCGCACGCGGUGGAUGGCGCGGGCAGGCCCCGCCACGCAGGCCGGCGCCUUUCUCUCGCUCUGGGCGGGGGCCGCGGCCAUGGCCUUCCUGGGCGCCUGGGUCUAG